UCUUGCCACUCGGGGUGCUUUAGGGCUUUCCCAUUUCACAUGUCCAUACACUGAGGUGUCUAAUGGCCUCCAGCUCAGGGCUGCCCAUGUGAGAAGUGAAUGUGAGAACAGAAGGGCAGACACUUAAAGAGAGAGAAGAGUUUCCCACAGAACAUGGCCUCUGCCAAAGAAGAUGGUGUUGAUGAAAAAACGGUGGACGUUAAAGAAGAGGACUGUGAGCGGCUCAUAUCAGAGGAUGUGUGUGUGAAGCUGGAGGAUCACGAAGAAAGAAUUUCAGAUUUUAAAGAGGAGGAGGAGUGCAAGGGGGUGACUGCUGCCAUUAAAGCUGAGGAUUUGAAUGAUUUCUCCGUUGGUCUUGAACUUCAAAAGCAUGAAACUGAGGAAAUUUUCAAGCAAGAGGCCUGUGAAGAAUCUCCAUCAAGUUUACAGCCCUGGUCCACUAAUACAGGACGACUGGCUACACAGGAGAAUUCUGCAGAGCUGAAAUCAGAGUUAUCAGAGUCUGAAGAGAAAAUCACCGAGGGAAAUGGGAGAGAAGGAGAAGAGUCACCUGGGAGUGUUGGAAUAAAUUUACAGAAGAAUUGCAGCUUCUCUCCACCUUCAUUUGGUCAGCCCUCUCUUCAAUACAAAGAGAAAGGUAUGAAGAAAUCAGCAAGAGCAUCAGAGAAGCUGACUGCAGCCUUUUUGCAAUGCAGUUCUCUACCUGCUACUGGAGUAACACAGACAGAAGCCAUCAAAACUGAUCAACAGCAAGUGGAGAAAGAAAUCCAAAUUCACACUGGAAAAAAAUGUCUGGUGGAAUGUGGCAAACAAUUCACACACAAAAGUGAUCUUAAUAGGUAUAUGGAGACUCACACUGGAGAAAAAACAUAUUGUUGUCACGAAUGUGGAAAGUUGUUCUCAAGGAAAAGCUAUCUUCAGAGAAGCAAUCUUCAGAACCACAGAAGAAUACACACUGGAGAUAAACCUUAUAGCUGUUCAGAAUGUGAGAUAUCAGCUGAGUCAGCAAAGCAGGAAGAGAUAAGCAGCUGGGAAGGAAAUGGAGCAUCUGAGAAGGUGGAAAACCACAAGAUGGAUAUGCCCUUUAAAAAGAGACUUCAGCAGGAAUCGUACCUAAAGACCACCUAG